GUUCGAGAAUUAUUCUAGACCAUCAUCACUUCGCCGCGGCCUACCUCAUGCAAUUCGUUCCGGGAGUACUUCCCGUGUAUCGGAAUCUUCGCAGGAGCAAAAUUCUAUUCCUCCUACAGCACCUCCAGUAGCGGCGUUUGAUCCAAACUCUCAUUAUGAGCCGGGCACUAUGCCGGUUGAGCUUUUGGUUCAACAACCAGGCCGAGAGAACCUCCAGCAACAAUUCAAUUGGGAGUCGGGACAUAAGGAAAGGGUCCGAGAGGCCUUCAGAGAAAAGGUCAUGGUGGCAUACACGAACAAGAAGAUGGGUGAAAUUCAGGAUCCCGUAAUCAUAGAGGUAAUGGAGAUGGUGCAAACAAAAAAAGAAGCAUUUCUAGCUUCUCAGCUUAUCUCUGAGGACGAUUCCGAUGCAGCAGCUUCAACUGACUUUUCCCGAUGCCGAAUUAACGAAAUGGUGGAACAUUUUUUAUGA